AGGGUAAAUUGGUUCGUCGCAUUGAGUUCAGCACAGACAAAGUGUCGUCCAGCAGCACAGACGCAGCCUUUCUUCUUAUGUUCCUAUUGGUCUUCGCGCUGAUUUCGGCGAGUUAUUUCCUCAAACGGAGUUUAGAGGAUGGCGAGCGCAGUCGCUAUGACAUACUGCUGCACUGUAUCCUGAUCAUCACCAGUGUGGUGCCGCCUGACUUGCCCAUGCAGAUGGCGUUUGCCAUCAACACAUCUGUCGCCACGCUUAUGGGUCAGCAGGUAUUCUGUACCGAACCUUUCCGAAUCCCUAUGGCUGGGAAGGUGACUGCAUGCUGCUUCGACAAGACCGGAACAAUCACCACAGACAAACUACACGCGGCUGGAGUUGUACUACCUCCAUCACAUCCCGGGGCGAAGGAAUCCGAGCGUACGCUCGGUGGCCUACACCCCAUGACCGAUGCGUCGUAUGAGACGUGUCUGGUGAGUGGUGGUUGUCAUUCACUGGUGGUGGCUGCGGGUCAAAUCCUGGGUGAUCCCAUGGAGACAGCGGUACUAGACAGUCUGGGCUGGCGAUACUCCUCCGACGAGAAUGUGGCACGGCCGUUCCAGGGCAUUAAGGAUAAGAAGGGCGCUGAGGUGAAGGUGGCCAGUGAAGUACCGCGCGAGACUUCGAUUAAAGUGCUGCACAGACAUCACUUCCAGUCCAAACUGCAACGCAUGAGUGUCGUGGCUCAAGUGACUGGGCCGAAAGAGAACAACGGGGCCAAUACGUAUGUGCUGUGUAAAGGCUCACCCGAGAUGAUCCAAACACUUCUGGACAACACUCACCGUGCGCAGUUGGACGACUGGUACGCGAACACGCACCGCAACCUGGCCAAGCAGGGCUAUCGGGUCAUUGCCCUGGCUUCUAAACAGGUAUCUACUGCAAAUGCAAAGAAGAAUUGUACCAAGAAUCGGGCCGAAGCCGAACAAGGGCUGACGUUUUCAGGAUUUGUAGCAUUCAACUGUCGCAACCGAGCGGAUUCUAUCCAGAUCAUCACCGAACUAAAACAGUCCAAUCACCGAGUGAUUAUGAUCACGGGUGACGCCAUUCUCACAGCUGCGCACGUGGGCACUGAGACCAAUAUACUGCGCAAGGACAAGUCCAAAAUCCUGAUCCUGGCGGAGAUAGAGGAUAAGAAAUCGGGAUCUAGUGAACUCGUCUGGCAGAGCUUUGCGGACGAUUCGGUGGUAGCCAAGUUCUCAGCCAAUGAAAUCCCCGCGCUAUUUUUAGAACAUGAUCUGUGUGUGACCGGUAGUACGCUGAUGAGGGCUGGGGGGGAUGACCCUACUUCUGGCGGCAUUUGGGAGCAUCUGCACUGCAUCUAUGUAUAUGCACGCAUGAAGCCUGAUCACAAGGAGAAGGUGCUGAACGGCUCUAAUAGUGUAGCUGGACUGACUCCUCAGCAAGAGGCGUGGGCCAAAGAUCCCAUGGUCAGUGAGACGGUCAGGAAAGCCCGCGCCAAGAUGCUCGGGCAACAGGACGAGAUCAAACACCGAGUGACCCAGAAGAAACAACAGGGCGAAUGGUUCGCAGAGGUCAAGGUGCGUAUUGAGAUGGCUCAGGAACAGCAGGAGCAGUUGAUGAAGGAGAAGCAAGAACAGGCCAAAGCCAAGGCGAAAGGUCCGAGUGGGUCCUCUGACAACUCAUCGGGUGCAGUGGCUGGGGCCACGGGGUCUGCCGUUGCCGCCAACAAACCAGGCGACGGCAAAGACACAGGCAAGGUCAAGAAGAAAGGGGACCCUAAGAGUCCCUGGGACAUGUUGGAAGACCAGGACAUGGGUGAGGCGGAGAUGGUCAAACUGGGCGAUGCGUCUAUUGCGGCACCGUUCACUAGCAAGAUGCCUUCUAUCCAGUCUACGAUUGACAUCAUCAGACAGGGCCGAUGUACGCUGCUGUCUACCAUUCAGAUGUACCAGAUCCUGGCCCUGAACUGUCUGAUAUCGUCGUACUCGCUGUCGGCGCUGUAUCUGGACGGCGUCAAGUACGGUGAUCGGCAGAUGACGCUCAUGGGUAUUCUGAGCACCAUCUGCUAUCUUUGCAUUAGUCGCGGCACUCCACUGCCCAAGCUCAGCCCCGUACACCCCCCGGAGAGCAUCUUCCACCCGGCCCUGUUCCUGUCGCUUAUCGGUCAGUUUGUGAUCCAUCUGUGUACCAUGAUGUACAACGUGGAGCUGGCCAAGUCCACUCUGCCCGACGACUUCAAACCCGAUGUCAAGGGCAAGUUCGCCCCCAAUGUCAUCAACACAGUGGUGUUCCUGACAUCGUGUACCAUGAAUGUAAGUGGCCCGCGCAUCACCACAUAA